AAAAAAAAUUCUCAUGUAAAUGUUGUCAUGUACAUUAGUUAUUUCCGAAAACUGGGAACAAUUAAAAUGUCGCACUAGUUCGCUGACGGACUACUUGAGCGACGCACCCUACAAGAACGGAGCAUGUUUCUAAUUUAAGAGUUCUGUGAAUUAGGGCUGUAGCACGGAGUGAUGGCUGGGGGAGUGGUGUUUUUACGGGGUCUCUUACCCCGGUACUGUCGUUGGGUUACCUUUGGCAAUGUGUUGCUACAUCCACAAAUAAGCUCAGUUCACCCCCCAGUGGCUGUAAUAUUGGGACAGUUUUCUCAAAGGACUCUCCAACCAUGCUGUGCCAUACACCACUGUUCGGUGAUGUGUGCUGGCCACAAUAAGUGGUCCAAGGUGAAGAACGUGAAAGGACCCAAAGAUGCCGCCCGCAGUCGAAUGUUCAUGAAGUAUUCAAUGAUGAUCAGGGUAGCUGUGAGAGAAGGAGGACCUAAUCCUAACUUCAAUGUCCAGUUGGCAAACCUCAUAGAGCAGUGCCGGGGCAAGAACAUGCCCAAAGCUUCCAUUGACGCAGCCAUUAAGGGGGCGGAAAAGUCAAAAGCAGGAUCAUACUCUUUGUACGAGGCCCGGGGACCUGGUGGCUCCUCGAUGCUUAUUGAGGUUCUAACUGACAACAACACACGGACCCAUCAGGAACUCAAAUACUUGCUCCAAAAGCAUGGAGGAAUGAUGUGCGAUGGAGCACGGCACAGUUUUGAGCAGAAGGGCGUGGUGCUGGCGCCGCGAGAAGGCGUGUCUAUGGACCGAGCUCUGGAGCUGGCCAUUGAGGCUGGGGCAGAGGACGUGCAGGAGACUGAGGAUGAGGAUGAGAAGCCUUUGCUACAGUUCGUCUGUAAGGUGUCAGAUUUGCGGGAGGUGCGAAGCGCGCUGGAGGCUCUGGGCCUUCCCACGAUCUCAGCCAGCCGGGAGUACGUGUCCCACAGCCCCGCCCUGCUGCCCCUGGCCCAGCUGGAGGAUGCCUCGCGCCUGCUGGAUGUACUGAGCGACAAUCCCGACGUGAUCCGAGUGUGGGACAACAUUCAAGCACAGGACUGAUGGAAACAUGGGGGAAAAACAUGACUAUCUGUCUUCCAGGACUCUGAGGCUAAGAGACAGGAGCAGCCAAGCCCUGAGAGCUCAUUAUUAACCAGGCUCAUAGUUUUCUGCUUCAAACGCGGCAACUGUCUAAAUCUGCCUGAACAAAUCACUGUUUCUCAUGCAACAACUUGGAGCCAGUGGUCAUAACUACUUGAUUUCUAUGUUGAAUCUAAAUGUUGAAGCAAGCAUGGUUUGAUUUGUAAUUAACAGGCUUUGUAUUUAUUGCACUGUCUGACUCCAUGUUAGACCAUGUGGGAGAGCUGCUUGUUUUACAUUUUCAUGGCCAUGGCCUAAGCCAAGGAUUCCAAACGGUGCAUUCCUGGGAGUCCAUUAAAGUGUCCCAGAGGAUCUUCAGCAAAAUAGAAAAAUUAUUAUUUUCUGUUUUAAGAAUAUUGUUUAUAUGAUAAUAUAUUUAGACAUCCAGAUUAAAUAAACAUUUAUUAUGGUUUACUCA